AUGGGGAGAGUCAGUUGGGCUGCUACCCCUGCAUCAGUUACCUGCCAGCUGAGCAACUGGUCAGAGUGGACAGAUUUUCCAUGCCAGCACAAAAAGUAUUGAUACCGGAGCUUCUUGCAGCCAAACAAGUUUGGGGGAACCAUCUGCAGUGGUGAUGUCUGGGAUCCAGCCAGCUGUUCCAGUCCCACAGCUUGUCAAAAGCAAGCACAGUGUGGACAGGAUUUCCAGUGUAAGGAGACAGGUCACUGCCUGAAAUGCCCUGUGUGCAAUGGAGACAUGGGCUGCCUUAAUAGCUCUGAUGAGGAUGACUGGGAGGACAUCAGGGCCAUUGAAGAUGACUGCACCCAGUACAAGCUGAUUCCAGGAUCAGACAGGGCAGCCUCGGGGUACAAUAUCCUGACCCAGGAAGAAGCUCAGAGUGUGUACGAUGCCAAGUAUUAUGGGGGCUGGUGUGAGACGGUGUACAACGGGAAAUGGAGGGAGCUUUGGUACGACCCCACCUGUGAGCAUCUCUACUAUAGAGAUGAUGAGAAGUACUUUCAGAAACCCUACAACUUCCUGAAGUACCACUUUUCAGCCCGGGAAGAUACUGGAAUCUCCUUGGAGUUGUACGAUGAUGGAAAUGACCUUCUUUCUAAAGUAAAAAAUGACAAGUCUAUGUCAACUGGAAUGACCAUUGGCAUAGGCCCCACAGGCAAACCUGCAGUGGUGGAUCUGGGUGUGUCCAGGUCAGAAGACACUUCCUUGUUGAAUAAGUUAAGCAAGUAUAAUGAGAAGAAAUACAGCUUUAUGAGAAUUUUCACAAAGGUGCAGACUGUCCAUUUUAAGAUGGGGGACAAUAUUAUGCUGGAUGAAGGAAUGCUGCAGUCAUUAACGGAGCUUCCAGAGCAGUACAAUUACAGCACAUACACCAAGUUCAUUAAUGACUAUGUCAUCCAUCACAUCAUGUCUUGAUCCAUGGGUGGCACUUAUGAAUAUAUCCUGGUGCUUGACAAAGAAAAAAUGGAAUCACUUGGUGUUACCAGAGAAGAUAUCAAGACAUAUUUUGGAGGCCUCUUGAAAUUUCAUUAUGAUGAUGAUGAUGGUAGUGUAAAAUCUGAAGCAAAUUUAUCAGGAGGACAUUGUAAAAGAUUUGGAACUGGCAAAAUCGUUAAGUGCAACAGCAAGGCCACAUUUGUGGAAGAUGUCAUUUCUUGGGUGCGAGGUGGCAGUUCUGGCUGGGGCAGUGGCUUGACACAAAGCAGGAGCACCAUUACAUACUGUUUCUGGGGGUCAUUAAAAGAUAAUCCUGUUGUUAUCGAUUUUGAGAUGCAGCCCAUUCAUGAAGUGCUGCUGCACACAAACCUGGGGCCUCCAAAGGCCACCCCAAACCUGCUCCGGGCCUUGGACCAGUACCUGAUGGAAUUCAAUGCCUGCUGCUGUGGGACCUGCUUCAACAGUGGGGAGCCCAUCCUCGAGGGCACCAGCUACAGUCAGUGCUGUCUGGGUUGCAUGGGCCCUGCCUGUGAGCAAAUGGAGAUAGAGGCUGCCAGAUCAGACAGAUGCUGGAGCUGUUGGAGCUCCUAGUCUGUGUGCAGAGCAGGCACCCAGGAAAGGAGGAGAGAGUGUAACAACCCCAUACCCCAGAACAGAGGCACCUCGUGUCCAGGGCAGAAAGUGCAGACCCGGGCUUGCUGA